UCACGGGUUAUGGUAAUUUUGAUGGAGACAAACAUCAAGUUAUUAUUCCCUCUCAUCAACUUGGAGUAUCUUCUUCGACUUGGAUGGAAGACAAGCGUCAGGACGUAAUUCCUUAUCCUCGAGUUGGUCGAACUUCCUGGAACUUGACGGAAGACAAGCGUCAGGACGUAAUUCCUUAUCCUCGAGUUGGUCGAACUUCCUGGAACUUGACGGAAGACAAGCGUCAGGACGUAAUUCCUUAUCCUCGAGUUGGUCGAACUUCCUGGAACUUGACGGAAGACAAACGUCAAGGUUUGAUUCCCUUUCCUCGAAUUGGACGAACUUCCCGGAACAUGACAGAAGACAAACAAAGAGUUCUGGUUCCGUUUCCUCAAGUGGAUCAGUCUGAAGAGAAAGAUUUGCAACUAGCUCUUAUUCCACGUCAAGUUAUUCCUUCACCUCGAUUCGGUCGAUCAUUUACUUCUGGUAUUGGACGUCACGUUUCGGUUUGGCCCGACUCAUUGGUUGUUCAGCAGGAUGGAGACAAACGAUCAUUCUUUACUCCACGCAUCGGUAUAACUCUGUUCACACCCCGAAUUUAUAAGACAGACAUCGACAGUGACAGUAACAUACCACACAUAUACAGGGUAUUAAAUACGGAUUAUUACAUUAAGACACGACCUCCUUAACGAUGAAUAGUUAUAAAUAUAUAAUUACUCUUCAAAAA